AUGGACAUGCAACAAGUUGUUCACAUUGAUGAGAAAUGGUUCUUUUUGAACCCAGAAACUAGGAAGUUCUACCUCCUACCAAAUGAACCUAACCCAUAUAGGUGCCAACAGUCCAGGAGGUUCAAAGUGAAAGGGAUGUUCAUGGCUGCCAUAGGGAAGCCCAUUUUUGACCCCCAUGGAGUGGUAUUACAUCAUGAUGGAAACUAUGGUAUUUUUCCAUUUGUGUAUGAAAGAACAGCCAAAAAGAAAAGCAAAAACAGGAAGGCUGGGGCUGUGGAAAUCAAGGCAACACAGAAUGUAAACAAAGAAGCAAUCAGGACAAUGCUACUGCAUAAUGUCAUUCCAAGCAUCAAAUCAAAAUGGCCUUCCCAUCUCCCCAAGGACAUAUGGAUUCAGUGGGAUAAUGUCAGACCUCACCAAAUUCCAAGGGAUGAGGAAUUUGAAACAGCAUGUCACUCAGGUGGAUUCAACAUUCAAUUCAUUUACCAGCCAGCUCAGUCCCCAGACUUAAAUGUUCUUGAUCUAGGGCUGUUCAAUUGUUGCAUGGAGGAAAUACUAAAUCACCUUGGAGGGAACAACUUUACCCCACCCCACAAAGGCAAAAAAAGGCUGGAGAGGAUUGGGAUGCUGCCAGAGCAACUAGAGGUGGACAAGAAUGUGGUUCAACAAGUUGUUGAUUAUCUCAACUCUAUAUUCCUUUCAACAUGUGAAGGGACUGAAGAAGACGAAGGCAUGCAAGUAGAUGCAGACUGA